AUGCAAUUAUUAUCAUAGAAGUUUAUCUCUGAUAAAUUCGAAGAUUAGUAUGAAAGGUACAUACAGAGGUUCAGAUUAAGAUUUUAGUUAAUAUAGAAAGUCAUUCUAAUACCUCUAAUUAUUUACUACUCAAUAGAAAAGGUGUUUGAGUCAUCUUGGUUUACAAUGUGUCUGAAUAUUAUAUUGGGAGUUAUCGUAUUGACAAGUUUGAGAUAUCAGAAGAGAUGCAUUAGAGUCUAUGAAAUAUUGUUACUUAUUGGAAUUUUGUUAUUCAACAUGUUUUAUGCAGCAUCUCAAUAUUUGUAAAUACAUCCAGAGAGAUACUAAUUUAUUGAUGGAUAUUUUCUGGCAAUUCUUAGUUUAACGUAACAUAAUUUCAUAUGCAUUUAUAGGAUUAUAAACAUGAUGGAUUCUAUCUAGAAGGCAUUCACUUUGUUAUUCAUUUACAUAUUCUUUAUGAUUAUGAUCCCCAAUCCCAAAGAGCCCUUAUGGUCUCAAGUUGUAAAGUUCAUUAUUUACAUCAUUCUCUAUUACCAAUAAUCAAGAUAUCAAUAAUAAUUGAUGAGGAUGACAUAUAUGCAAUACUGCAAGCACUUAACGAUAGAAAAUAAUAUUAGAGAAAAUUUAGAAAUGAAAUAUUAUAUUGUAAAUUUCAUUGAAAAUUCAAGAUAAAUUAUAUUAUAAUAGGAGAAUGUGGAUAAAUUUAAUGAACAGGAAGAGUAGUACAAUUUCUAGGCAUUUAUAAGGAAAACGAUGGUUGCCAGUCAGGGUAGAAAGAUAAAAAAACAAAUGGAUAUUAGGACAAAUUCAAUCGAUAUGAAUUUGGAAUAAUUCUUGUUCUAUUUGUUUACUGAUAAAAAAAGAUUACUAAAAUUGGAAAACUACGAGAACAAGUACUUAGAUCAUUAGCAUGUGUUAUUUGGAUUUAAUUCAGAAGAAUCCUUCAUAAUUAAAGUUGUGUUAUGUUUUGAUACUCAACCAUGCGCAAUAUUAUUAAUUACUGAACAAUAAAAAAAAUAAUGUGUAGAUAAGUUAAAACUAUAGAAUAAAGCAACCUUGAAGUUAUUGAACUAUUUUUCUGAUAUUUUCAACACUCACAUUAGAUUGUCUUUAAUACUUCUAAAUGGAAUUCUCAAAAAAUACAAUUAAUCUUAAUAAAUCAAUAAGUGUCUUAACUACAUCAUUGCUCAAUUGUACAUUUCCUAAAACAAAUAUUACAACAUUUCAGAUUAUUUCUCAGCCAAUGCUGAUCUCAAAUAGCUAUCCCUCUUAAAAUUUAAUUUAAUCUCCCUGCUCCAAUGCUUGAUUGAUAAAAUGAAAUAUUAUAGAAGCAACACAAAACUAAAAACAAGAGGAAUCAAAAUACAAUCUUAGAUCAAUGAUCUAUUCAUGAGGUCUGAUAUCAAAUAGGUCUAACAACUAUUCCUAAAUCUUUUGAUAUUUUCGUCCUAGUACUCAGAUGAAAUAUCAAUUAUAAUAGAAGAAGACCUGGAUUAGUCUUUCUUGCCUUAACAAAUUGUGAAUGUGUGCUUUUACUUUAAGAUUCCUAAAGGCACCAGGAUUGAAGUUGACAAGUUUCCAAUCAUCAAUCCCAUGACUUUGGAAGAAAUCAAAAAGAAUGAUAAAAGGUAAUUGGACCUUUACAUAUCAAUAUCUUUGUUGAUCAUCAGAAAUCUAGGACCUUUUGAUAAAAUGACUAUGCGAAACAUAGGAAAGUAACAAUACAAGAUUCAAUUUUUUCUCUACAGACAAAUACCUCUUGGAUUAAGUUUAGUGCCCAUUCAUUCAUUCGAUCCGCAAAUGUACAUUAAGAGAGAUGAAGAUUGGUAAUUAGUCUAAUCUCAAAAGAAAGAUUCUUUAAUCAACAGUUUCAAUUAAGAAAUAAGAUUAAACACUCAAAGAUGUCUCUCGUCUCCCCUUCCUUUAUUACAGAAAUGA